AUGGCCUCAGUCCGCUCGCUGGGUCUCCACGAGCCCACCGGCAUACCAUUCCUGGUGGCGGAGUCGAGACUGCCGGCAAACCCCUCCGAUGACCUAUUUGUUUGGAAAACUUGCAAUUUCGAUAACGGGACUGGAGAUCUACUGGAGGAGGAGAUAAUAUUCACGAAUAACUGCGUUGUUUGGUCCCGAGGCGGGGUAGUUACAAGAUCAUUCAGUUUUCAUAUCGAGAAGGAGGAAAUAAUUGACGCAUUAUUUGCAACGUUCCCGGCAAGCUCUACCAAGCGAGAUAGCAGAAGGGAUUUUGGGAAGAAUCAAACUACCCCAAACCCAUCCCGAGCUGCAGUUACUAUAAAGGAUGAUGGCUUACAAACCGGGUUAAGAGGGAAGAAGUGUCGACAGGGAAGAAGUAAAGCGACAUCGGAAUGCGGAGCUAUUCCCACACUUGCUGUUGGCGAUGGAAAUGGAGAAAAUAUUUUACCUAGGGCACUGGUUGUGGUUUUGAAAUCUCAAGCUCACAUAUUUUUUGUCAAUGGUGACUUUCAUGUUGUCCCUUUGCCAUUCGAAGUCGAUGCCGUUUGGCCUACACCACGAGGCCUGCUGCUUCAAAGAAAGGCUGCAGGGGAGCGGGAGAAGCUGUUGCCAGCGCCUCCGCCGAACUCCUUCGUUUCUUCGCAAAACAAACAUCAGAAUUCAUUCACCCUUUCAGGAGGGAGCAGUGCUCGACCCUCUCUUACACUAUCUCUCGCUCAGUCGUCGAAGUGGAUUCCGAAAGUAGACGAUAAUGCUUUUCUUCCUCGAGUGUUUUGUCUCAUGGACCCUCAUUCUGAGAUGGGAUUGGUCGUUGCUAGCAAUCCUUCGCUGUCCACCCAAGACAAGGGCGGAAGCUUUGAUGCGCUUGAUCCAACUGAAGAAGUACUAUAUGUCUCCGCGCAAGAUGAGGCCUCGAAUGGGAAUUCCAAAGCUCCUGAUAAACAUCCUUUAUUGCUCGUUGUGACAUGGAAUGAAAAGUCUGGAAUGUACACCAUCUGGACUGCUCGCUACAGAGACAAAGAUUCAGCGCUUACUCACUCCAAAAAACGAGUGUCGACUACGGGUGGGACAUAUUCGAAGAGACGAAGUUCCCACUUUGAUAUGACGGGUGCUACUACACCGGUUGGUCGGGGACCAUCUGGGCUUCGCGAAAGUUUUGGUGGAUUAAAUCAUGGCCGAUCUGUUUCGGACUUGCUCAGAUCAAACACAAAGCAUAAAACUGACGAAGAUGAGGAUUUGGCAUCCCAACUAGGCCAUGAGUUUGACGAUAUUGGCGUUUCUACGAGGGCGUCUCGAAGAGUGAGCUCGUUGCUAGCACGCGCAGAUCUUGCUGCGAAUAACGAUAGAACAACUUUUUCAGACCUUGUCACUGGCAACCAGAAUGCUUCGUCAUUCUAUGGAGGGAGACGUGGAGAAUCGUUCGGCGGUCAAAACGCUCGUGCAAGCUUCGGGUACCAUCAGAGAAACUCAUUAACUCAUGGGAGCACUUCAGUAUAUAGCAACGGCAGCAGUUUUCUCGAUGCCCCGGUUGAUAGAUUCUUAGAAAGCCUAAAUAAUGGGGGUGAUUUUGAAGGAUUCGAUAGCAUGGGCCUUAGAGAAACUAUAUCUGGCCUACCAAGGGAGAUGAUACUUGUAAAAGUGGAUAGCUUUUCGCUUGGAUUGUCAACUGCUCGAAGCGUCCCAAAUUUUCUUCGACCCCAGAAAUUCGAGGUGUUUACGAUCUCUUCAUACCAGGAAGCGUCCCUAGAGUCACCUGAAUCGAUUUCAAUUGCUGUUUGCAUACUUGACAAGAAUUCAAAGAACUUGUUGGUUUUGCGACAGGGGGAUAAGGCCGGGGAUGGAAUUCUUGUUGGUUGGUGGGAAGUGUUGAAGUGGCUUCAAACGAGGAGGGAAGGGGACAAUGAUAGCGAUUUAGAGUGGACUGCAAUGGGCAACCGCUCGAAAGCUCCGGCUAGACCAAAGCGAAGAAAAGCCGAGUUUCUUCGAUCUAGUAGCGGCAGCUCAGUUGACCUUGACAACUGGGAUAGUAUGCUGGACCAAGAAACUGGAUCGCGUGGUGUUGCCUCAGCUUGGAUGACGGGCUCUUCUUGGGGUUGGAUUUCGGAAGGCGAUUUGAAGACUAUGGAAGAAGUAUCCUGGGCAGAUCAUCGACCCGGUCCUGAGACGGCAGCCAAUUCCCGAAAAAAUCCCUAUAUUCUUCGGUGUGUGGCGUUAUCCCGAGAGUUUCUUGCUUCUCCCCAAGGUGAGGCUGCAAUGGGUGCGGAAGGCUACUUGCCAACUGCAGUGUCUUGCGACUCUGACACGAGACGAACUGCUCUUGGCACGAUAUUGGUGGGACUACAUUUAUUUCGUGAGGAGCAGAAGUUGUCUACCAUCAAUGCAGAGAGUUCUUAUUCGAAAGCUGGCCUUCUUGCCCCAGUCUUAGCACAAAUUGGUGGAUGGCUGGGGUGGGAAUCCUGGAACUGGAAAGAUCAUGGCUAUUACGGCGUCGAGAUGGCGAGUAUAGAUCGGUGGCUGUUUGAAGAAUCCAGAAUUUCAACUUUGGACUUACCUGAAGAGCCUUUCCCCCCACCUUCGAUACUCUCAUUUAUUGAAAAAUCUCUGAACCAUGAACAAGUUAAAUUCUUGACGAUUCUCGACAUAGUACCAAGCUCUGCGUCACCAGCCAGGCGAGAUUCUGCCAUGCAGCGAGCUAUGAGGCUCACACCAAGGACUUUGGCAUUAAGUGGUUUCAUUUCCGAGCUAAAACCACAAACUACUAUUGAGGAACGAGUGGAACUGUUGUUUCGUUGGGGCUUAACAAGUUCCGUAAUUGAUACCCUCCCUGACGGAAUCAGUGCUUCCCUUCACGAAGCGAUUGCUCAAUGCCAACCGGCGCCUCCAAGCCACUGGGGUGGCUCCAUGUUCGCAUUGAUCGACAGAGGCGACCUUCUCAUGUCGAUGACUGAAGAUAGGGCCAGUACUCCAAUAUCAAGGUCUCCAUUUAUCCAAUCCCACGAUGCUGUACGUGACGUUCAUUCGAUUGGGAGCCAGUCACUCGAUGGGACUACUUUGAAUUCUUUCGAAGUUUCCGCUGAAGCCGAUAGACAGUUAAUUACUCGGCUUAUUUUCCGCGAGAUCGACGCUUUUAUGAAGCAUUUAGGAUUCUUAAUCAAUGAAACCUCCAUAUGUGGAAUGUGUCCCAGCCCCAGGAUUGUCUGA